AUGUCGGAUAGUAGUAUUGUACUCACCAAUUAUGUUCGUAGAAUCGAACUUGACGUUACUGAGAACAAACAAAGGCUAGAUGCGCUGUCUAAUCAGUUCAAAAAUAAAUUUGCACCCAACGUCACCGAUGAAGAUGUAACUAUGAUACAGAAAGCAUCGUCCAACAAAGUGUCGGUAAAAAGAUGCCAAAUAAUUGAAUAUCCUGAUCAGCUUGGUCAACGAACGAUUGCCACAAAUUUUGAAGAACUUGAAGGAAAGAAGGUCUCCAAUAGACUUAAUGUAACACUGAAACUUUACACACAAACGACUAGCAGUUAUUACGCAAGGAUAUUCCCAAUGAGUAGCAAAAGCCACCUCUAUGCCAAAUUUCAGAACAAUCUACAAGAUCCCAAUAGAUCAGACUCUUUCAAUGAGGCUUUCGAAGGCACGGGUCGCGAUCAGUCCCCUAUCAUAGCAGACGUGCUUUCUCCUCAAGUAGAGGUAGCGAGUAAACCUUCAAGACUAUUUAUUCCGUGUACCUUUCACUCAAACGACGACAUUUUUAGGAACACUGCCGGUCAAAUAGUUAUUGAUAUCGGUUCUUACGGCUGA